GUUGGACAUUUGGAAAGCAAAAUAUUCUUCAUGUCUCUCUCAUUUCUCUGGCUAUAUAAUCAGAAGAAGCUAACCACAAAAACUCAGCUUAGAACAAAACUGUACAUAUCAUCUCCAGUUCUUCUGUCUAUUGAUCAGAUAAAAAUGGCAGCCAUAGAAACUAACGCACACAGUUCUAUCCAUGUUCGAUCCAACAGCUUUCCCUCUGCACCUCACCCUAUUUUAUCACAAUUUGAGGAGCAUCUAAACAGAUUGAAGUCUUCUGGAGUCGCUUCUUCUUCCUGUUCUAUAAGCCAUAAACUUGGUGGCUUGCAGGAUUUGCAUGACUUCACACAGAAAUUGCUUCAAUUGUCAACCAUCCAACAAUCCUUAGGCCGAGAAUGCAAUGAAAAAUCAGUUGAUCAACUACUUGAAGGAUCUCUCAUGCUCCUGGAUGUCUGUAGCGUGGCCAAAGAUUGCCUGCAACAAUCAAAGGAAAGCGUUCAGGAACUUCAGUCUGUCAUCAGGAGGAGAGGUACUGAAGCUGGAUGCAGAAUUGAGGGUGGAAAAUACUUGACUUCAAGGAAGAUGAUGAAGAAGGCAAUAAGAAAGGCCUUGGGAAAUUUGAAAGGAAUCUUGAAGGAUUCUUCCAACAAAGACAAUGAGACAUCGCCCAUCCUUAGCAUCUUCAAAGAAGCAAAAGAUGUCACUGUGAACACAUUAGAGUCUUUACUAUUAUUUAUCUGUGAUCCAAAGGGACAAUUUAAGCAAAGCAGAUGGUCAACGAUCUCAAAGAUGAUGCCUGCUAGGAGAAUAGCUUGUGACUCUGAAGAAUCAAAAGCAAAUGAAUUUGAAAAGGUGGACGCCGCUUUCAUCAGUCGGAAACAUUCAUCUGUGGAGAAUUUCCAAAACCAUUUGGAGAAUUUGGAGAUGUGCAUUCAAGAUCUAGAAAUAGGAGUUGAAGGCCUAUCAAAGCAACUAAUUAGAACCAGAGUUCAGUUGCUCAAUAUCUUCAACCAUUAGUCAAAAAAGAAUAGUUUUACAUGUAAUUAUAGACAUCCAUAUUAAAUUUUUCCCAGGGGU